CAUUUUCGAUUGGCGGCGCCAUCGACGCGAAGCCGGCCAGCCUACUCACGCGUCGAUGCACGCAUUCUACAAGACGAUGGGAGAGGCGAGAGGCUAGAGGCGACCGCAGUGCAAUCGGGGCUGCAGCAGCGCAAUGUUGAUUCUGUGGGUUCCGCUCACUUUGCUCCUCGGCUUCAUCGUGUCGCACACGUGGAGCUCCAAGCGGGCGUCGGAGUUGGGCAAAGCGCCGUCGCCGCCGCCGCACAUCGUCUUUAUCUUGGCGGACGAUCAGGGCUUCCGGGACGUGGGCUACCACGGCUCCGAGAUCAAGACGCCCACCCUCGACCGACUGGCUGCACGGGGAGUCAAGCUGGACAACUACUACGUGCAGCCGCUGUGCAGCCCAUCCAGGAGCCAGCUCAUGACCGGCAGGUACCAGAUCCACACGGGGCUCCAGCACUCGGUGAUCCGAGCCAGCCAGCCCAACUGCCUCCCCCUGGACCAGGCCACCCUGCCGCAGAAGCUGAAGCAGGUGGGCUACUCCACGCACAUGGUGGGCAAGUGGCACCUAGGCUUCUACAAACGCGGCUGUCUGCCCACCCGGCGCGGCUUCGACACCUUCUUUGGCUCGCUGCUGGGAAGCGGCGACUACUACAGCCGCUACAAGUGCGACGGUCCCGGCGCGUGCGGCUACGACCUGCACCAGGGCGAAGAGGCCGCCUGGGAGCAGGACCGCGGCUCGUACUCCACGCUGAUGUACACGCAAAAGGCCAUCGCGAUCUUGGCCCGGCACGACCCCGGCGAGCCCUUGUUCCUCUACCUGGCCUACCAGGCGGCGCAUUCGCCGCUGCAGGUCCCGGCCGGCUACCUGGAGCGCUACGCGGGCAUCGUCAACCCCCGGCGCCGCAAAUACGCCGCCAUGGUCUCGUGCCUGGACGAAGCCGUGCGCAAUCUGACCCUGGCCCUCAAACGCUACCGUUUCUACCACAACACGGUCCUGGUGUACUCGUCGGACAACGGGGGGCAGCCCCUGGUGGGCGGCAGCAACUGGCCCCUGCGGGGGAGCAAGGCCACGCUGUGGGAAGGGGGCAUCCGGGCGCCGGGCUUCGUCCACAGCCCCCUGCUGGCCAACAAGGGCACCCGCUGUCGCUCGCUGGUGCACAUCACCGACUGGUUCCCCACGUUGGUGACCCUGGGCCAGGGCACCCUGGAAGAGGACCUGCAGCUGGACGGCUACGACGUCUGGGAAGCCAUCAGCGAAGGGCGCCCGUCGCCCCGCCGGGACAUCCUCCACAACAUCGACCCGCUUUACGUCAAGGCCAAAAACGGCUCGUGGAAGGCCGGCCACGGCCUGUGGAACACGGCCGUGAGGGCGGCGCUGCGGGUGGGCCACUGGAAGCUGCUGACGGGGGUCCCCGGUUACGGCGACUGGGUGCCACCGCAGACCUUCAACCCACAGCGGCUGAGCCUGCGUCAGCACAGCGAACGCGUCCGCCGGGACCGCGGCAAGUCCCUGUGGCUGUUCAACAUCAGCUCGGACCCCUACGAACGGGUGGAUUUGUCGCAGCGCUACCCGGACGUGGUCAAGAAGAUGCUGAUGCGGCUCGCCCAGUACAACAAGACGGCAGUGCGUGUGCGCUACCCGCCCAAAGACCCGCGCUCCAACCCGCAGUACAACGGCGGCGUGUGGGGCCCCUGGUACGAGGAGCCGCACGGGGGCCGUCCGCUGACUAACCAUCUGAGCGGCAGAGGCGACGGUGAAAAAGGGACUUCAAGUAGGUCGGAGCUAACGUUGCACAAAUAAAGGCAUCAUCCAACCAGGAAAACUCCUUGUGCCCAGAAGUCGGGGAAUGGGUCAAAAGUCUCAAAAGAGCAAAGUCAGAAUCUUGCACAUCAAGUUGUCCUGUCUCGAAAUAAAAGCGGUCGUAACGGGCGCUCCGAAUAAACGCUGUGUCGCACAAAUCAAAUGAAAUGAAAAAGUGAAAAGAAUCGUGUUGGGCAAGUUUGGCCGAAAGCGCAAUCUUUAGGAUGAGGACAAAGGGACAUUGCAAAAGAAGAAGCAGACGUUGCAAGAAUGUAAUGACAGAAUUGGCGGGGAGAGGGAGAGAGAUUUGCCUCGGACCAUUCAACCGAGUAAAACUUGUUUUUUUUUUUUUUGGGGGGGCACGAACGACAAGGCACACGUCUUCACUUGACGACCGCUCGGUCUCCAACGGGCAACAGCUGAGGAAAUAAAGUCGCUUCUGGAACUCCG